AUGCUCUUCUCAACACUAUCAGCCCUCGUCCUCGCGGCGACGGCCUCCGCACACAUCGUCAUCUCCUACCCGGGCUGGCGUGGCAACAACCUCAUCACGAACGAAACCUUCCCCUACGGCAUGCAAUGGACCUACCCAUGCGGCGGCAUGGGCGUCACAAAGAACCGCACCUACUGGCCCACGACCGGCGGCGCCCUCUCCUUCCAGCCCGGCUGGUUCCAGGGCCACGCCCAGGCCUUUAUGUACGCCAACAUGGGCUUCGGCACUGAUGGCCCCGAUGGCGGGCCCAUCAACAUGUCCUUCCCCAUGGUCCCCGUCUUCCAGAUCCUCGGCCCCAGCAAGAACCCUUACCCGGGCACCGUCUGCCUGCCGCAGGUUCCGCUACCCGUCAACACUACCGUCAAGCCCGGCGACCACGCCACCAUCCAGAUCGUCGAGCUGGCUGUGCACGGCGGCGCCCUCUUCUCGUGCGUCGACAUUGAGUUCGCCGAGCCUGGCGACCCCAAGAUCGGAAAAGUCAACGAGACCAACUGCUUCAACUCGACCGACAUCGGCUUCGCCGACGUCUACACCAUCACGACCCAAGAGUCGGGCGGCGAGAUCGUCACCGAUACGUCGGCCGCCGCGGGGCCGCUGUCCGCGUGGUCCGCCGCCGGCUGGGCGCCACUCCUCGUCGGCGCUCUGUGGGCCGUGCUGUAG